GUGUAUGUGAUGGACGGAUGAGAAGGGUGGGGAAGAGGGAGGGGGUUAAGUAAAAAAAAGAAAGAAAGAAAGAAAGGAAAAAAAACUAAACUAGUUUAGUCAAUCGAAGUAGACGAGGACAGAAAAAAAAGAAAGAAAGAAAAAGAAAAUGUUACGUUAUGACGAUAAAUCGGUGUAGGAGUUCAAUGGUGGUCAGGUGCGUAUUUAUUAUUGGGUGCGUGACCGAGACAGAGAAAAGUGAGUGAGUGAGUGAGAGAGAGAGAGAGAAACAAAGAAAGAGACAGACAGACAGAGAGACGUAGCCACCGCCACCGCCACCACCGCCGUCGUCGCUGCCGUUGCUUCUACCGUCGUCGACGACGACGACGACGACGAUUAGGACGACGACGACGACUAGGACGACAACACUACAGUAAAACGGCGUCGGUGUGUGUUUAACAUCGACUCUACAGUCGUGGCCCCAUGGACGGGACGUUGGAAGAACCUCCUGUUAAGGACUCUUCUCAGAACAAUUCUGACAAAGUGUCAAAAGACAUGGUCAUUCCAAAUGGUGUCAAUGGAAAGUAUAGUACUGAAAAAGAAGAAUAUCCAGAUUCUGACAGUGUCAAAACUUCAUCGAACGAGACUAUUAGUAAACGGAUAGAAGAAGGGGAAGGGGAAGGGGAAGGGGAUGGGGAUGGGGAUGGGGAUGGGGAUGGGGAUGGGGAAGAGGAAGAAGAUGAAGAUGAGGACGAAGAGGAAGAUGUUAUGGAAAGAAGACACUUUGAGCACGAAGAAAGGGGUAUACAAUCGGAAGAUAGUGAGCAAAAUGAAUCGAGAAAGAAUAGGAGUAAGGGGGGUUGCUUAUACGAGUCAAGAAAUGACUCCAUAGUUUCAGAAUCUUCCGAUGGUGUCAGUGAGAUGAACGAUACUAGUGAAGUGUCUAGAAAUGAAGAUAAGUGUAGAAACACAUCUCGUGAAGCUAUGGAUGUUGAUGAACAGAGUAAUAACUCUGACGUAGAAUGUUUGGAUGAAAGUAUCACAAGAGUACGAAUGGAUAAUGACGAUGUGUUCACUUUAAAAAAAUCUAACAUAAACGAGGAUAAAGAUUUGUCAUGUAGUAGUAAUGUUCAAGAAUCUAAUGAUUCUGCUGAAAUUGUGGAAAGCAGUAUGGAUACAUCGGAUGUGAAAAUAUGCGAAGAAAAUGGUAGCUGCGAUAGUCCAGAAAUAGAGGAGAUAACGGAUAGUGCAAAGAAUAAUAAUGGUCUUAACACGACUCAAGAACGUACUAUAAAAGAUCCCACUAAACAAAAAAAACAGAGAAAACAAAUAGAUCUUAGUAGUAUUACACCUAGAAGAAGUUCUCGUAAUAUUAAAAGAACAAGUUAUAUUGAAAGAGAAGUUGAAGAAGAAGCAGAAGAUGAUGGUUCUGAUAUAGAGGAAAUUAAACCUGAAGAUCCACUAGCUGGGAUAGAUAGUAAAGAUAAAGAGAAUUCUAAACUAAAGUCACCGUCGAAAAAUAGUAAAACCACUAUUGUGGUCAAUGAUACUAAACGCUUAGUAGAAAUUGCUGCUGGAAGUAAGUCCGUCAAAGGUGGCAAGAAAGAACCUACGUUAGUUAUAAUAGACACAAACUCCAUACUUUCAGGCCGCGGUGGCCUUCCUGUUGGUAACAAUAAGCCACAUCAUACGGUUUCUAAUACCAGUUCUUUCUCAGUUGUACCAAUGAAUAUGACUACACAAACGAUGUAUCCAAAUAUGAGAACAACUAUUACACCUGUACCCAUGACAUCUAAAACUGCACAAUUAAGUCCUAAACCAAGUAGCAUGACUACAGUGACUCCUCCAAUGCCACCGAUACUACCAACUUUAACUGAUGACAUGUUUGUCGUGGAAGCACCAUCAUUUAUAGUACCUUAUGUAUAUGAAAAACCUCCAUUAAAACCAUUGAAAGAAUUUGUUUCUAAAUUAGAAAAAAGCAUAGAAGAAAAACAAAAGGAAGAGAUAUUAAAAAAGAUGACAGAAGAUAAAGAUAAUCAAGAUAUUAAUGAAGAUUCAAUGGACAUGAAUAAAAAAGUAGAUAGCAGAAAUCAAGAAAGUGAAAAUGAUGGAAGUUUGAGGUCUAAAAAGGAUGGAGAUGAUAGUGGAGGUGAUAUAAUAGAUGCAAUGGAAUCAGGUAUUUCAAAUAUAAGUGACAAACAUGAUAUCAGGCAAGAUGAUAGGAAUAAAGUAGUAACUUACUUUGAUUUACCAUUGGGAAAAUUUUUUAUGCAAAUUGGAGUAAAUCUUGUUCAAGAAUAUGUGCAAACUGAUCUAUUACGGACUCAAAAACGUAAACAGGGCAAAGGUAGCACAUCUGCGGAGACACAAUUAGCUAUAAAUUCACUCAUCAAGAAUUUAGAAUUUAGUAAGGAAAAUAAUGAACCAUUCCACUUAGAAAUGAAAAAAUGUGAAUUCUGUAGUUUUAAAACGGAGUCUACAUUAGUAAUGCAGCAUCACUUAGAAACUCCUCAUAUGCGCAAUUAUGUCUACAAAUGUAAUUUUUGUCCAAUGGAAGUUCGUAGUCCUCAUGAUAUAUUAUUCCAUAUGGAAGCAGAACAUAAUACUCGUGGACGAUUGGAACGUGGUCCAGCUUUUCAUCAAUGUCCAAAUUGUCCAUUUGAAGAUAACCAAAAAGGCAAACUUACACGGCACAUUCUUGCUUGCUCUAAAAAAUUUAGACCAGAACGGAAUUUGGAACCUGCCGCUGAUUGGGAACCACCGGCGAAGAUUCCAAGAUUAAAUCGUGCACGUCCAGUUGGGCCGACUAAUCCUAAUGCUCUCGCUAUGGCUAUGAGUGCCAAAGGUCCACAACCACUUUUACCGAAACUACUUCCAGCACCGAUCACAGGUCGUGGAAGAGGACGCCCACCAAUGCAGCCUAGAUAUUCGGAUAUGAAAGCAUUACGACCUGGUGGUACUACGAUGCGGCAAGAUAAUGUUGCAGGCAUGAUGUAUCGACCAACAUCUUCUGGCCUAUUAGUUCCCGCUUCGUACCAAUUUGGUAGUAAUCAAUUAUUUCAGGUGGUGGGUGGCUCUGGGACUGUCAUGUCGGCUGUCUCGGGAGUGAGUAGCAGUAGCGGCAGCAGUUCCGGUCAACCCACACCCAUUGCACUUGUACCCAACGUAAUCGACUCUCUGUCUAGGUUGUCCUCAUCACAGAACACAACGGCCAGUACAAAAAAUCCUACAGCAAAGUUGUUAAGUCAACCGAGUAUAUCUAUAACUCCAUUACCACGUACAACAUCUCAAACCUCCAUUCCUGGUUCAGGAACAUCAUCAAAAUCUGGAGGGAAAAAUACAUUUGUUAUAUGUGAAAUUUGCGACGGUUAUAUUAAGGAUCUUGAGCAACUAAGAAAUCACAUGCAAUGGAUUCAUAAAGUAAAAAUACAUCCAAAGAUGAUUUAUAAUAGACCUCCAUUGAACUGCCAAAAAUGUCAAUUCCGAUUUUUCACAGAUCAGGGUUUGGAAAGACAUUUGCUUGGAUCUCAUGGACUCGUUACGUCCAGUAUGCAAGAAGCAGCAAAUAGAGGAAAAGAUGCUGGUCGUUGUCCAGCAUGUGGCAGAGUAUACCAAUGGAAAUUAUUAAAUCAUGUUGCACGGGAUCAUGGGAUGACAUUAAAACCCGCGCAUUUAUCGUAUAAAUGUACAGUUUGCACUGCCACAUUUGGGAUGUAUAAACAAUUUGAAAAUCAUGUAUACUCAGCGCAUAGCGUUGUCGCCAAGAGAGUAAUGGAUAAAAAGAAUACACCAUCGUCUCCGUCAUCAAGAUCAAAUGAUUCUCUUUUGAAACCGUUGAAGAUAAAUGACGAAAUAACAAUAAUUCCACAACCAGCAAAACCUACAACUAGAUCUGGCACAUCUCAGGGCAGAAGCAAAUAGCAAUGAUCAGCAGAGUGAUACGUGUGUCCUUGUUUAACAGAAUUUCACGUAACUCUGAGGUGGUACUCCAUAAGCGAUCACUGAAAAUAAUUUACAGUGAUUGAGACGUGCCGUGUACAUGUGUAUGCAUAUAACUAUGCUUAAGAUGCAAUUACCGACACUAAAAAAAAAAAAAAUAAUAAUAAUAAUAAUAA